AUGAGUGGGGAUCAACCGGCGACCAGUCCGAGUUUUGAAACUCCCAACCAUCUCCAGAAACCUCGAUUUGACGACCCCUCGGCUUCCUGGGCUCAAACACCUCGUUUCGCCGAAGAUAUUUCCGUCUUCAAUUCCACACCGGGAAAUCUCGACGCCGCUCACCGUCGCUACACCGCCAACACGCCAAUUAGCACCGGCAGUUCUAGUACUAGUAGCAACGUCGGCAGUAGUAUCAAUAAUACCAACAUCACCAACCUCACCAACACCGCAACCACACCGACAGCCACUCUGUCCGCAACCGCCGCAAUCGCAGCCGCCACCAGCAACGCCAAAGGCAUCACUCGUCCUCGAAUCCCGUCCAUUCUAUUGAACCGCCCGCUUUCCGCCGGUGAGAUCGCUGCCCACAUUGCGUCCCAUGUCACGCACUUCUCUCCGAGCCCAAUCCUACCAACCGUCGACCCCUCGCUCCGCUUACCCUCGUCGCCCUUACCUCUGAACAGUAUAUCUCGUGAUUGGUCUGCCGAACCCGACGAAAACUCCCAGCAACAAAGUAACCAGGAACGAGCCCGCAAGAAGGCCCGGAGGGGAACCAUAUCAAUACCAGGGCCCAACUCCGCCUCCCAACUGCAACAGCAGCAGCAGCAGCCCACUCAGACCGCAACGCCUCCGCCUUCUGCCCGCAAGGCGGACCGGAAGCUUGCCGCAGACAACGCGGCGACCAGUAUGCAGGAUGACCAGGGCUACGGCCAGCAAGAUUUCCUCGGGGUGGCGGCGACGGCUCCCCAUGGCGACAUGACGGCUUUUACCGCCUCGCAGCAUGAUAUAUUCGGCUAUCCCAUGUCGGCGCCCGCCGGCGCUCCCGCUGCCUUUUGGGAUCCUUCGGUGUCCAUGUCAGCGAUGGAUUUAGACUUUGCCGCGCAGGCUGCGGCGUCGGGUAUUCUUUUUCAGACACCUGCGCCGGCGCAUCGUGGGUUAGAGACCUAUGAUUGGAAUUCCAACUCUGCGCUCUUCCAAGAUCCGACGGCGCAUGCUUCCAUGAACGCAAAUGCGAACGGGGUACCCCAAUCGUCCAACCAGGAGAACGUCCAACCCCCGGCUAAGAAGGACCGGCCGUUGGCGCCUAAGCCAAGCACGUCCGGUGUCCAGGAGCCGGUCACGAGCGAGAUGGUCGGCGCUUACACUACCACCACUACUGCCGCUGCUGUCGAGAAUCCCUUCGCCUUGAGCCCUAGUGGCGCCGUCAACCCGGGCCUUCUUUACAGUAGGCCGCCGUCAUCGAGCAUGGACACUACUGCGAACCCUUUUAAUCCCGUCAGCCAACCCGAGUCGUCGGCGCCUACGCUUGCCGAUGCGGCCCCUGUGGCGCCAGCCUCUGCGGGACCCGAUGGGCUGCAACGGUCCUUCAGCUACAAAGAGCCGGCUAGGCGUGGACGGCGCGAGCCCGCUAGCUCCCCAAUCAAGCCUUCGAAUCCCCGAGCCGGCCUGCAACGGAGCUUCAGUGAGAACAGGGGCAAGAGACAGUUACCCACCCUAGCGCCUGCCGCCAUGCGUUCUUCUUCCUCCUCGCAGACGAUGCAAGCGAACGGAUCGGGCAUUUCUUCCUCCAGCCGCCCUUCGUCGAGCUCUCGGCAAUCCGGCCGCAUCUCCCCGAUGAAACUUCAUCAUCGCCUCACUAGCCUAUCCUCUAUUCCUGAAUCCCGUGGACCACCCCCGCGCACCCGCACCUCGGUCAAGUUCACCAUUGACGCCCGUGGCCGAGCUCACGCCGAGACGACCCUCGUCGUCGACGAACCCGCCCCCCUCCGGAGGACGACAAUGACGGGCAGGAGAGACCGCAGUCUCCUCCCGUCCGACUCGGAGGACUCCGCCACCGACGAUGAACCCAUCAUCAUCCCCAGCCGUAACUCCUCCUUCGCCCUCCCAGAUCCAUGCAAACCCGUUGGUUCCAUAUUCAGUUCCUCCUCUUCCUCCAGUAGUAGUAGGAAGAAGAAUAGGAAGAGCCCCCACGUGCGUGCGAGUUUCUCCUUUGACGGCCGCGCUAUAUCGCCCGGCGACGACGAGAGCGAGGCCGAGACCGUCGUGGACGACCGCUCGGACCGCGAGAGCGGACCUAGGGGUGGUGGUGGUGAUGCCGCGAGUGAGCUGAGGAAAGUGGUAGAGGACAGGGCGAGCAAGAGGGCGCAGCAGAGGUUCGCUUCAACGGGCUCCGGGGUUGGCGGAUUCGAGUGGGGACGGGCUAACGUGGUUUCGCCGUUGGGAGUGAUGGAGGGGAGGGCGAUGCCGACGCCGUCGACGGGGGGUAGGAGGUUUGGGAUUCGGUGUAUUUGCCAUCGGAACGAUCAUGGCGGGGUAGCGGAUACUUUUAUGGUCCAGUGCGAGGCUUGCGAGAUGUGGCUCCACGGCAGGUGCAUCAACAUUACAAGGCGCGAGAUGCCCCCUGUAUAUAUCUGCGCCUUUUGCGCCAACACGCCCAACAUGAGAGGUGGGAGGAUGCGCGACACGGGUGGCAGCACUCGGGGCGAAGUAGGGCGCGAGGCUAGGAUGAGGGAUGGAAUGAAUUCCCCACUCAUCCUACUUAAUCUUAUGCUCACAGACACGAAGCGGUUGUUUUCGGAGGAGACCAUUGCGGUCCUGAGGUAUGCUUCUACUGCUGCUACUCAAGGCCUCGAUCUCCUCGCCAUCUCGCCAAUCGAGGUCGUUGCCGAGGGUGUCAAGAUCCUCAAGGCCAUCGAGGCGAAUAGCCCCUCCUCCGGCACCUUUAACAUCCAAGAGCAUUUGAUGGGUGGCUGCUCCAUCAAUGCCCACGGCACCCCCCUCACCGAAGAAGCCCUCUCCGCCGCCAAAGCCGCCGACGCCGUCCUCCUAGGCGCCAUCGGCGGUCCCGAAUGGGGCACGGGCACGAUCCGCCCCGAGCAGGGCAUCCUGCGCAUCCGCAAGGAGAUGGGGACCUACGGCAACCUACGCCCGUGCUCCUUUGCCUCCGAGACCCUCGUCGACUUCUCCCCGCUCAAGGCCGACGUGUGCCGCGGCACCGACUUCGUCAUCGUGCGCGAGCUCACGGGUGGCAUCUACUUCGGCGAGCGCAAGGAGGACGACGGCGACGGCAAGGCGUGGGAUACGGAGCCCUACUCGCGCGAGGAGGUUGAGCGCGUGGCGCGCCUUGCGGGGUUCCUUGCCCUCAAGAGGGGAGAUGACACCGUUUGGAGUCUUGACAAGGCGAAUGUUUUGGCGACGAGUAGGUUGUGGAGGAAAGUGAUUACGGAGGUUUUUGAGAAGGAGUUCCCGCAGUUGAAGUUGCAGCAUCAGCUUAUUGACAGCGCGGCUAUGAUUCUCGUCAAGAACCCCCGCGGCUUGAACGGUGUCGUCGUGACGAGUAACCUGUUCGGAGACAUUAUUAGCGACGAGGCGAGCGUUAUCCCCGGUAGCAUUGGCUUGCUCCCCAGCGCGAGCUUGAGCGGCAUUCCCGACGGAAAGUCCAAGUGCAACGGCAUCUACGAGCCCAUCCACGGUUCGGCGCCUGACAUCUCGGGUAAGGGCGUCGUGAACCCCGUCGGCACCAUCCUUUCGGUCGCCAUGUUGUUGAGGUAUUCGCUUAACCUUUCCAAGGAGGCGGAUGCUGUUGAGGAGGCGGUGAAGACGGCCAUUGAUGGGGGUGUUAGGACGAAGGAUCUUGGUGGUGCGGCGGGGACGAAGGAGAUGGGUGAUGCGAUUGUGAAGGAAUUGGUUGCUAUUUUGAAGCAGUAG